AUGGUGGAGAUGUAUGGGUUUAGUGAUAGUAGCGAAAUAGCAUAUGGUGCUUGUAUCUAUUUAGCUUCAAUAAAAAACGGUGAAAAAGAAAUUAAACUUUUAACGGCAAAAUCACGUGUUGCUCCGCUUAAAAAACAAACACUACCACGACUUGAACUUUUAGCAGCUCAUUUGUUAGCAGAGUUAGUUUAUAAGAUAAAAAAUACUUUGGAUAUCGAAAUAUCUAGAACAAUAUAUUUUACGGAUUCGACAAUUGUUCUAGCAUGGCUAAAAACCGAACCAUGUAAUUUAAAAACCUUUGUUGCCAACAGGGUAGCAAAUAUUAUUGAAAUUUCAAACAUUCACGAUUGGAGACACGUAAAAAGUAAAGAUAAUGCGGCAGACAUCAUAUCGCGUGGUGUUAAUCCAAAGGAACUUUCUGAAAACAAUAUGUGGUUUUUCGGACCUCAAUUUUUAAGGUUGAAAAAUUUAGACAGUGAUAUACAAAGUAACUUUGAUUUAGAAAUUUUACCCGAAUUAAAAAAGAACACAUUAAGCUUAAACGUUACUGAGCAAACUAAAUUUGACAACAAUGAUAUAACGGUGUUUACAAUUUUCGAAAAAUAUACAUCUUUUUGGAAAUUAGUACGUGUUUUUGGAUACGUGCGUAGAUUAAAAAAUCGUUGUUUAUUGAAAGUCCCUAUAUCAUCAGAAAAUCUUAGCAUACAGGAACUUAACGAAACACAGGAAAUGUUAAUACGACUAGCACAGCGCGAAUGUUUUACGGAGGAAAUAUCAUUACUUGAAUCGAAAAAUAGUAGAAACGUACAUAAAAAUAGUAAAAUACUAAGCUUACACCCGUUCUUAGAUUCUAAAGGCAUAUUACGAGUCGGCGGUAGAUUAUCAAACGCAAAUGUCAGUUACGAUCAACAACACCCGAAAAUAUUACCCUACAAACAUAAGUUAACGGACUUAAUAAUUUUAGAUUCACAUAUUAGAAACUUCCAUGCUGGAAUUCAGACUUUACUAUCAAUUCUACGUUUAAAAUAUUGGCCUGUUAACGGAAAAAAUGCUUUAAAGCGGUUCUUUUCACGACGAGGUAAAUCAAGUCAAAUUUUUAGCGAUAACGGAUUGAACUUUGUUGGUGCAAAUAAUCAAUUUUUGGAACUUUAUAAGUUGAUUAAUAACAAACAACAUAAUUUAGAGGUGGACAAUUUUUUGGCUCGGGAUUCUAUAAAAUGGAAUUUCAUUCCAUUCACUUCAUAUGGUUGGUUUGUGGGAGAGCGCGGUUAA